GGGUUAUAAUGCUUUUAAUCUGUUAUUUAGAACAUUGAUUCUAGUGACAAUUUUAUGUAUGAUGUUAUGACUACUGAGUAAAUGAAAGUAGCUGCUGGUUUUUGAGUAGUUUCGAGAGGGAUGAGAAUAAAAUUACAAGGUGGGCCAUAAAAAGAAACUGUAUGGGUACAAACACAAAGCAAGAGACGCAUAAAGUAUUAUGGCAGUAUGGUGGAAUCUGGAUUUUCUUUGAAAAUGAGAGGCCAGGUGGUCCAGAUCAAUAUGUAUGCAAGUGAUGACCAGAUUCACUCAUCUUGACCAGAUACUGAUGUUUCAAUAGAUUCAUUCCAAUCUUCAACAGCACCUGCUUUCUUUUUGGAUAAAAAGAAGAGAAUGGAGGGAUAAGCCGCACAUCAAAAUGAUCUAAGCCUAUAAAGAAAUGAAGUUUCUACCACAGAGGUGAUAGAAAGGUCAAAUUAUCAAGACAGUCUGCAGUGCAGGAUACUGUAUACAAAUGAUAGGAGAAAAGAAAAUGACGGAUCCAAGCAACACUGUCGUAAUAAUUUCAACUUGCGGAUCAAUGAUGGAUCUCAAGCAUCUCUGUUGUCGUAAUUUUUAAUUUGACAUUUCAGACGAUAAAUGAUAAAUUCGUCCCUCAAUACUUUGUUCGAAUGUUUGUGACAUCUAUAUUAACCAAAAGUCCAGUGGAGAGUUCAGUCAUUCAUAAAAGUGGAAAUUAGCUUUCUGUCAUCUCAAAACUUCUUCUAUACCUACCCCCAACUGCCUUGAUAUGUAGUAACAAAAAUUGCAUACUGUGGGUGUCUACGAAAUGGCGGUUCAGCAUUCCCUUGAGGUAACCAAUGAUUCCUGUGAUGAUAAUGGGCAGACGAUAAGAACUGGAACCAUAUGGACUUGCAUAGCUCAUAUAAUCACUGCAGUCAUCGGAUCCGGUGUGCUGUCUCUGGCAUGGAGCACUGCCCAACUAGGAUGGAUUGCAGGGCCUGUUUCCAUGCUUUUCUUUGCCAUGAUAACAUUUGUCUCUGCCUCUCUUCUCUCAGACUGUUACAGAUCUCCUCAUCCUGUGACUGGAUCCAGAAACCGCUCUUACAUGGAUGCUGUUCGAUUGUUCUUAGGUGAAAAAAAGACAUGGAUUUGUGGUUUGCUUCAAUAUUUGAGCAUGUAUGGCACUGCCAUAGCAUAUACAAUCACUACAUCAAUUAGUAUGAGAGCAAUUCAGAAGUCAGACUGCUACCACAGAGAAGGCCACAAAGCUCCAUGCUCGUAUGGAGAUGGUUUUUAUAUGCUGUUGUUUGGAGCUGUUCAGAUAGUUUUGUCACAGAUACCGGAUUUUCAGGAGAUGGCCUGGCUCUCAAUUCUUGCAGCAGCCAUGUCCUUCUCCUACUCAUCAAUUGGAUUCGGCCUUGGCAUCGCCAAAGUUAUUGCGAAUGGAAGAAUUAAAGGUGGAACUGGGGGCAUCGUUGUGGCCUCGACAACUCAGAAAAUCUGGAGAGUAUCUCAAGCACUUGGAGACAUUGCAUUUGCCUAUCCAUACUCCAUAAUUCUCUUAGAGAUAGAGGAUACUCUGAAGUCACCACCACCAGAAAACCAGACCAUGAAGAAAGCAUCAAUGAUCUCAAUUCUUAUCACCACAUUCUUCUACCUCUGUUGCGGGUGUUUUGGCUAUGCUGCCUUUGGGAAUGAUACACCAGGAAACCUCCUGACAGGGUUCGGUUUCUAUGAGCCUUACUGGCUCGUAGAUUUUGCUAAUGCAUGCAUUGUUGUUCACUUAGUGGGAGGGUAUCAGGUUUACAGCCAGCCAGUAUUCUCAUUUCUGGACAGAUGGUCUUCAGAGAAGUUCCCCACCAAUGGAUUUGUGAACAAAUUCUACACCAUUCAACUGCCAUUCUUACCACCAUAUAGACUGAAUCUUUUCAGGUUGUGCUAUAGAACCAUCUACGUUGCAUCCACCACUGGAAUUGCAAUGUUAUUUCCCUACUUCAACCAGGUCUUAGGAUUACUAGGGGCCUUCAACUUCUGGCCUUUGGCUAUCUAUUUCCCGGUGGAGAUGUACUUUGUGCAGAGAAAGAUAGGGGCUUGGACAAAGAAAUGGGUUGCUCUUCAGAUCUUCAGUGCUGUAAGCUUGCUUGUCAGCAUGUUUGCUUUAGUUGGAUCAAUUGAAGGACUGGUGAGUGAGAAGCUGAGUUAGAAACCUAUAUGGGUCCCCCCACCCCUUUUUUUUCUCAAAGAAAAAAAAAAAAUCUGUGAUGCUUCAAAAAGGCGUGCCAUUUUUCAAGAAGAAAUACUGGGGAAAUGCGCUGCUGUAAGAUUGCUUGGAGCACAAUGGUUCAUUCAUGUAAUAUAUCGUUUUGUAUAUAUUAUCCAUGGCUUCAGUCUUUGUUUUCGUAUGAUAUAUUGCACUUAAGAAGGUUGCAGACUAAAAUAACAAUUUGUUUCCGG